UAAGAUGGCGGCUGAGGCGCAGGGUGAAGGGGAGGUGCCAACCCGCGAACCCGGCCGGAGUGAUGCUAUCUGCAGUUUUGUUCUCUGCAAGGACUCUUCCCUUCGGGGUCAGCCUAUUAUCUUCAAUCCUGACUUUUUUGUGGAAAAACUCCGACAUGAGAAACCUGAGGUGUUCACUGAGUUGGUGGUCAGCAAUAUUACAAGGCUCAUCGAUCUACCUGGAACUGAGUUGGCUCAGCUAAUGGGGGAAGUGGACCUUAAGUUGCCUGGUGGGGCUGGUCCAGCAUCAGGAUUCUUCCGGUCUCUGAUGUCUCUCAAGCGGAAGGAAAAAGGAGUAGUAUUUGGAUCUCCUUUGACAGAGGAAGGCAUUGCCCAGAUAUACCAGCUGAUUGAAUAUCUACACAAAAACUUGCGAGUAGAGGGUUUGUUUAGAGUACCAGGGAAUAGUGUCCGACAACAGAUUUUAAGGGAUGCUCUCAAUAAUGGAACUGAUAUUGACUUGGAAUCAGGAGAGUUUCACUCAAAUGAUGUUGCCACCUUGCUGAAGAUGUUUCUGGGAGAGUUACCUGAGCCCCUGCUGACACAUAAACAUUUCCAUGCACACCUUAAAAUUGCUGAUUUGAUGCAGUUUGAUGAUAAAGGGAACAAGACCAACGUACCAGAUAAGGAACGGCAGAUUGAGGCUCUUCGGUUGCUCUUCCUUAUUCUCCCUCCACCCAAUCGUAACUUGCUGAAGUUAUUGCUUGAUCUCCUGUACCAGACAGCAAAGAAACAAGACAAGAAUAAGAUGUCUGCCUAUAAUUUGGCCCUUAUGUUUGCACCCCAUGUUUUAUGGCCAAAAAAUGUCACUGCAAAUGACCUACAAGAGAAUAUUGCAAAGUUAAACAAUGGGAUGGCUUUUAUGAUUAAACACUCCCAGAAACUUUUUAAGGCUCCUGCCUAUAUUCGGGAAUGUGCCAGAUUGCACUAUUUGGGCUCCGUGGUGCAAGCAUCAAAGGAUGAUCUUGACUUGACAGUUUCAUGUCAUACUAAGUCCUUCCAAUUUACAAAGUCUCAGAAACGGAACCGAGUGGAUUCCUACUCCCAUGAGGAGACCCAGCAGCGUACAGAUGAGGCACUGAGAGAACUGUUCCAACACGUUCAUAAUAUGCCAGAGUCAGCAAAGAAGAAACAACUUAUUAAACAGUUUAAUAAGCAAUCUGCGACCCAGACACCAGGACAAGAACCUUCUACUCCCUGCAUACACAAGAGGGCACGUUCACGGUCCUUCAGUGGUCUUAUUAAGCGGAAGGUCCUAGGAAAUCCAGUGAUGUCAGAAACGAAAAAUAAGAACCCUGCUCUGGAAACUGUAGCUUUUGGUGAAUUGAAGAGAGCCAGCAAAGAAAAUAUGAACCUAUUAUUUUCUGACUCCCCACCUGUCAUGAUGACCCCAACAAGAUUGAAAUGGUCUGAGGGGAAGAAAGAGGGGAAAAAAGGAUUCCUCUGAAGCAUCCAGACCUCUCUCGUCUACCCAGGAUUUUCUCUGUAGUGGGCCAGGAGUCUUUACCACUCACAGAGAAGCUUGGACUUGCAGCUUGCUUGCUGUAUUUUGAGUUGUGAAAGUCAACUAAUCUGUGAUCUUAUUGAUACCUCUAACCCCACUCACUGGAUGAUGUCUGUACACUCUGCCUUCUGAAUCAGUGCUAGCAGCCUUUUUUUUUUUUUAAACUAUUAUGGGAAAGACCACUAACACGGCAGGUUACACAGCACACCUGGACAGGCCAGGUGGGUUCUAGUACUUAUUCAGUAUAUUUGCUUAGGCAGGUUGUACUUUUUUUUAAUAUGACAUUUGUGCUUAACUGUGAUUUUUUUUUUUUCCUUUUUAAUUACUGUCAAUCCUAGUGGAUUGAUGUUAUUUUUAACUGAUAUUUUGGACUUUUCUAUUUUGAUAGUAUUAUGGGGUUUUGGUUGUUUUUUAUUUGUUGUUGUUGUUAAAAGCCAUUUUUUGGAUAGGUAAUCUAAAAGGGCUCUGAGGCAGAUACCUUUCACCCUUCUCCAGCUCAAGCUUUGGGAAAGCUAUUUCAUAAGCUAUAUUCUUUAGUAUCUUAUUGUGUCCCCAAAUUUUAUAGCUUUCCUAGAAAUUUUAAAUUUUUGCAUGGAUACGAGAUUAUAGGAUAUUUGAUUUGUGAUAUUAAAAAAGGAGAGUUUAGAAUGUUAAAAUAUUUUAUCAAAUUUCGGUUAAAUUGUGUCUCUCCAUUCUUCUCUCCCUUUCCUCAGUGAUGUCAAAAUAGCUGUGUGGUUGCUGAACUCAUUUCCAGCUGUUUCCUCUCACCUACAACAUUUCUGGUGCCAGUGUAAUACUUCGGUGCCAUAUCACCGUGACUCAGAGAAAGUCACUGACAGUUUUCUAGCUGUUUGCUGAAAGAGCUGUGCGUGUGGACGCUCUGGAGUGUGACUGGGAUGGGGCCAAGUGGCUGUGUGUUCAGGACAACUCCUUAUGGAUGGGACUUUAGUGCAUCCUUCUUAGGGACCUGGGGUGUGGGCUAUUCCACAUCUUGAGAGCAAGUUGGAGUCAGAGGAAGGAAGUGUGAGCAAUGGUGUCUGCAGGCCUGAGAGGAAUUAAAGGAGGAAAUGUUCUUUGGAUGCACCUGAGGCUUUCACCAGUGUUUAAGGAGCUGCUGCUGCACUGACCGCUCCUUGUCAGAAUGUGCAUGCAGAGUAUUUGCUCAUGGCGCCACACCUCUGACUGGGUUAGGCAUGACCUUAGGUCUGAGGUGAGAAGUGGCAAGGCUGUGACCUGGUGUGGAGCCUGCUGCCCAGAGAGCAACGCGUGGCAGGGGAGAUGCUGGGUUCGUGCCUUCUCUGUUAAGCAGUGGGACAUUCUCACCCGUGUGCUAGAACUGAGGCGGCCUCUGUGCAGAAGCAGUUUCUCAUCAAUGUAUGAUUUUCUGAUGUUUUAAAACCACUGAAAAUGCUGUGUUAUAGCUGAACCAAAAGAUGAGUCUGGGCUUGGGUUUGUCCAGGUAUUGGUCCUUUUUUGUACUUUGUUUUGCUGCUAUAACAGCAAAAGAAAAGUGAAGGAAAAAUGUAACCUUUGGCCUUCCAGUGUGUAGUUUAUGAACAGCUGAUGGGUAGGAGUAUAAUGGUGCUGAGAAGCCCCGAUCUCCAGAGCAGCUUAUAUGAGUCUUUAAAAUAGUAUUAGCUAACUCAUUGUUGGACUGUUUUUCUUACUGAGAAAAAAUUAAGUUCCUUGGCACCAGCCAUCACUGAAUUCAAGCAGAAACUUGUGUUAGUAUGACCAGGGUGAAGUAGUGUUCUCCCUUAACUCCACACUUCCUUUUCUUAGUUGUCUGAGUGUUUCUUUGGAGGAAAGAACCUAUUUGCUGUGUUCAGGCAUCAAGUAGCAAGCAUAGAGCAGUGACCUGAUACCUUUUUAUUCAUUCUGUGGUUAUAUUUGAGGGAAGAGUGGAGAUUUAGGAGAUGUCUGAUGGCUAAGUGGAAUCAGUACCCCAGACUGGUGUCCUGGGCUUGUGUGGUGAGGAAGGAGUUUGUCAUGCACAUGCGUCUAGAUAGCUCGCCUCCUUGGGCAGUCUGUGUGUCUCAGGUAAUGUGUGUUUCGUUAAAGUUAUUUAUUGAAUAUGCUGUCCCUGCAUUAAGGGUAUGAUAGGUCAUUUUUCUUCUAGAAGCUGUGAUCUAGUUGGAAUCUGAGUUUGAAGAAAACAGAACAUAACCUUCUGCUUUACAGUAUGUAACUAUUCUAAUCCUGUGGAGUGUUAUGGGGAACUCAAAGACAAAAGCCUUUUGCCAUUUACUAUGGAAGGGUACUACCUCCCUUCUGAUAUGGUGGGUAGGUAUUUUUGAGCCAGUAUUUUUUUUAAUUAAAAAUUAAAUUUAAAAUAAUUUAAAAAAAUCCAUAAGGUAUGUUAAAGAUUUGUUUUGUCAUGUUUAUUUUUCAUGCUGGAACAAUCUUUUUGGAAAUGCCUCUUGCAUCUUUUAAAAUUUCAUUUCUUUCUGAGGUGAAUUGUGGUAAGUUUUGGUGUGGUGUCAGGUGGAGGCAGAGUAUUUGUGGCAGGGAACAAAAGCAUAAAAGUGCCAACCACAUCUCCUUGAUUCAGGCUUGCAGUAGGUGAGCUUCACCAGUGGGAUCAUGAAAGCUGCAGAUGCUAGAGUUUCUAGUCUUUAUAGUGAUGGGCCGCCACUCUGGGAACAGUGACUUUGGUUGAGAAACUCCACUGCAGCAGUGAAAGAGAUUAGGAGACACUGACUGUACCUGAGUGUCAGAACCUAGGAAAGGAGCCGGUACUUAAUGAGCCAUGACUGAAACAUGUUGGUCUUUCGUAAAAGGAGCCUUUGUCUUAAAUGUCCUUCCAGAGUUGGUCAGGAGUGACCUUUGGGAAAUGACUAAUGCAGGGCAGUUAACAGCGGUGGUCACUGGAUGUUCCAGAGGGGUCUUGUUUCACUGCCCGUGAAGCUGGUUGAUCCCAGAAUGUCAGAGCAGAACCAUCUGUUCUCCUUAAGAGCAGUGUUGCUGCUCUGCUUCCCUUACAGGCGUCUGUGUUAGAUACGGUUUGAAGUGCUGCCUUCUCAGAGCUGUGGUCACUGGGGCUGUGCCACACCAACUCCCUUGCAGAACAGGGAAGCCAGUUUUGGGAAGGGACUUCUCUAGACUUCUGAGUUCAUGCCAUGUCCUUGCAUAGGUGCUAAAGCUGGUGCCUCCAUUCUGCUCUUUUGAAGUUGAAUUCCUGUUCCUAGGAAAGCACUCAUGCUUGCCCUUCUCUACCCUGAAGCCUUUGUACUGAAGCUAGAACCUCGAUCUAAACCUGAGUUUCCGGCAUUUGGGCAGAGUUGCCCUGGCAUUUGGGGUAGAUCUGGUUCCUAAGAGAAUUUUCAAACCAGUGGUGAUUAACCCAAUUCCAAACUCAACGCCUGAGAUCUUUCUACCAGUGGAGAGCUGGUGGAGGGGCUAGUGAGGAGUUAGAGUGCUAGGGUUGCCAUGGAAACUGGAGUGUGUGAGGCUGCAGCCUGGCUAGCUCACGAGCCAUUGAGCACCCCUAGGCGUGUUUAGGGACCAGCAGGACUUGGGGAAAAUAUUUCCUAGGCGCAGAGUCCUUUCUUCAUAGCAGAGGUUGCUUUUGCCCUAUCCCUGUGCUUGCUAGCAAGAGAAACAGGUUUCCUAAUUGCUUCAUUGUUUUUAAUGUUCAUUCUUAUUUGACUGUCUUAUAUAUAUGUAUGUAUUUAUGUAUGUAUGUAA